ACGAUUGCUCUGUUGUUUAUAAACAGGUUAAAAAAAGUGUAUACGAAUAAUUCCUGAAAACUUACAAAUUUUUAGAAUUUUGGGAGGAAAUUUAAAAGAAGAAUUACCUGGGACAAUUGAGAUCCCAAGAACUCGUUUUUCAUUAACCAGAUUAAAACAUAUUACUUUGAAAAAAGGAUAUCUUAGUAAUUCCAACCUUGAUCUGAAUUUAGCCAAUUCAAAAAUGUUGAUCAUUUCAGCUCGAAAUUCAAAACAAAAAAAUAAAGAAGUUAAGAUCCUUUAAAUUUGCCUUAUUGAAAAAUAAUAGUUAAGGAAAAGCUUUUAAAACCUUAUUAGGCAAUGUAAUCUUGUUGAUCCUUGGAUUAAGCGAAUUCGGCAUGAGUUUCCACAAAUGAAAACUAAGAUCCUAAGAACUCGCGUUUAAGAUUUACUUUUAAAUUACCUGAUUACAAGAUUAUGAUCCCUUCCGUAAUAUUGGUAGCACCAACCUUGUUCCGAAUUCAGUCCAUUCCAAGUGUCGGUCAGUUCGGAAUGAGAUGCCCCAAAAUGUGCGUUUGGUAUUUUAACAUCUGCGAGGCGGUUCUUCGAAAACUGGUGCUUCAAAUCCAAACGCAUUCGUGUGCGAAUCAAAAUGUAUUGGCAGAGACCGAAAUAAAGUGCACAUGGCUCGCCGCCGAUUGAUAAAAGAUAAAAAUAAAGAGAUCAGACUCUCUUCACGCGGAUGCGGAAUGUUGGAUGCUCGCUCGCAUUCGCUUGUAAAUUCUCGAAGGGAACGCGUGCACUUCGAGGCACCGAUACACCCAAGGUGAUUACAUAAAGCCAGAAAGCCAGAAAACCAAACCACACCAUGCAGAAGGCCAUCAAGAAGGAGCUGAGCUUCUCGCUGGACACGCUGGAGCGCUACCGGGCCAAGUACGGACGCAGUGCCUCCCUCGACACAAACGGCUCUUGCCCAGCGCACACAGAGGGCGAGCCCUGCUCCACUGCUCCUCCGCCGGCUGCCAGCUCGAUCUUCACAAAGUCCUACUCGCCGCCAAAGAUGACCAAAUUGCAGGAGCUGCAGCAGAAGAAGGAGGCCUAUCUGAGGGCCCGCGAACACGAGCGGGAAAUGGAGCAGCUGCAGCGCACCGAGAGAAGGUCCACGAACGGCUUGGAGUUGGCCAAAUCCAAGCCGGGCAAUGGCAGUCCCAAGGGCAGCUCUCCCACGCCGAAUACCAGUGCCGCAGCCACCGCUGCCGUGGCCAGCAAGUCAUCCAGCCCGGCCGGCUACUCCAAUUGGAACAGCCACCAUGGCACGCUCUGCUCCCAGUCCUGGGUGGCCAUCUCCGAGCUGAUGUACUUCUGCGACAAGUACGAGUUCACCACCCUCAGCACCCGGGACCUAAAGACGCACCAGGAGAUCGUGGCCGAGGUGAGGGCCCUGCUGAACGGCAAGGCGCCGUUCGACCAGCGUACCCGCUUCCCGGGCAACAUCCACGACCCGGAGAACCUGUGGGUCUGCAUCGGUCGCUGCGCCAGUGUGGAGUACCACCUGCAGCGCAUCGUGAGCAUCUUCCGCAAGCCGCUCAACCAACUGACGCCGGACAAGCAGCGAACGGUGCGCCAGAACUUCCACCUGGCGGUCAGCGAACUGCGGCUGGACAUCUCGGCGCGGAUCAGCGAGGUGCGGCUCUACGACCGUCUGGUCUUCGAGCGCGAGUUCCGUCUGGAAUGGCAGGAGGCGGAGGCGGUGGCGGAGGCCUAG